ACCUCACUGAGGAAGAAGCCUCUCUCUCUCUGACAAUUGCCCGUGAAUCCACUUGUCUCAACCCUUGUCUGAUCCAAACCAAAAACAAAAACUCAAAACACUUUCCCUAAGCUCAAAGCUACUCACUUUACACGGUACCCCAUUCCCAAUUCCACCAAAACCAACGGCCCUGAUCAUCCCCUCUCUCACUCCAACCCCUUAUCUUCAGCCACCCAACCACCAGUCACUGAAACACUCCAUCUCUGUUCCAAAUGGGUGUUCUUGUUCUGCUAUUUACAGUCGCAAGUCUGCUCCUUCUAGCAGAAUCCAAGACUUUCUGGGAAGACACUCAAGUUCUGAAGCAGCUGAAGAACAGACUAGACCCCAACUCAGUGGCUCAAGGCUCCUGCAUUAGCUCAUGGGACUUCAAACUCGACCCCUGCGACUCUCUCUUCAGCGAUCGGUUCACUUGUGGCUUCCGGUGCGACCUAGUCGACGACUCCGGUGUCAGCCGAGUCACCGAAAUCGGCCUAGACCAAGCUGGUUACUCCGGUUCUUCACUCUCCUCCCUUACCUGGAACCUCCCUUACUUGGAAACUCUAGACCUCUCUGGUAACUUCUUCUCCGGUUCACUCCCCGAGUCAUUCUCCAACCUCACUCGGCUCCGUCGACUCAUCCUCUCCGGAAACUCGUUCUCCGGCUCUAUUCCAGCUUCAAUUGGGUCCCUCACCAAUCUUGAAGAGCUCUUCCUCGACAACAAUUACCUCCGAGGCUCGAUCCCGCCGAGUUUGAACAACCUGGUCAGCCUGAACCGGCUGGAAAUCCAAGCUAAUAGUCUCAGCGGCGAGUUUCCGAAGUUAGAUUCCCUCACAAGCCUUUACUACUUAGACGCCGGCAACAAUGCAAUUACGGGUCAAGUCCCGUUCACAUUCCCACCUUCGUUGAUUCAAAUCUCCAUACGAAACAACAGCCUAGUCGGAACGGUCCCGGAAACCAUCAAACAGUUGGGUUCUCUACAAGUCCUCGAUCUGAGUCACAACCAACUCGGUGACUCCGUCCCGGCACACCUCUUUUCCCACCCAUCUCUCCAGCAGCUCACUCUCUCCUUCAACAAGUUCUCCUCCCUCCAAACCCCGAGCUCAGCCGGAUUCCAAAGCCAGCUCAUCGCCGUCGACCUCAGCAACAACAACUUACAAGGUUUCUUACCAUCCUUCAUGGCCCUAAUGCCAAAGCUCUCCGCUUUGUCCCUCGAAAACAACAAGUUCACUGGUAUGAUCCCAACCCAGUACGCCUUCAAAGUGGCCGUACCCGGAACCGGAGUCUCGCCGUUCGUCCGGCUUUUGCUCGGCGGAAACUACCUGUACGGACCCUUACCCGGUCCUUUACUUAGUAUGAAACCCGGUUCGGCGAACGUGGGUCUUGGCAAUAACUGCCUGUACAGAUGUCCAAGGGUUUUCUUCUUUUGUCAAGGCGGUGACCAAAAAUCGUCAUCCGAGUGUAGAAGCUUCGUCCCUGUAAUUCCCUGAAUCAAUGGACGUUAUCAAUGUCUGUAACACUAUGAAUUUAUGACAUAAAUAUUCAAUAAUUAAAUUUGAUUUAUUUUGUUAUCUC